GGAUUGCGCAUGCGGGCGUGUCUCCCGGGACCUCAGAGCAGGCGAGCCCCGGGCAGCUCCGGUAGGUUCGGCGUGCGCGGGUUUCUGCAGCUGUGGGGCGAGCUUGCACGUUACAUCACCGGUGCAUCUCUCCGUGCUUGCUUAAGUUGCCGCCACUUAGGCCUCUAUUGCAGAAAUAGCCAUAGACUCUUAAGGGCCGCGGAAUCGGGACGGCCUUGGUGACUGGUUUUGCACACUCCCGGCAGAUCUGCGUGCAUGAGUUGAAUGCAGACGUGGGUUGUAGGAGAUUUUAUUUUCCCCGGCUUUGCAGCUACUGUUUGGCCCCGUUAGCGUCUCAGAACGGUCCUCCCCAGCCUCGACUGGAAGCCGAGAGGAGAAAACUCAAAAGCAAUUAUUCCUCUCUAGUGAGGCUUCCAGAGAAGCAAGAAUACUGACGUGAUUACACCUGCAGCCCCGUAGAGACUAGUCCCUCUGUCUUCCCCUCACAGUUGCGGCCUUCUACCUUUCCCGUGUUGUUUCAGUGCCGAAAUGAGUGACCGCUAUCUAGAACAAAGGAUUAGUAUCAAAUUUUGCGUGAAAUUGAACAAGUCUGCAAGUGAGACCCACCAUCUCUUAAAAGAGGCUUAUGGGGAUGAAGUCAUGUCAAGGGCCAGAGUUUUUGACUGGCACAAAAGGUUUAAAGAAGGGCGGGAAGAUGUUCGAGAUGAUGCCCGAAGUGGUCGUCCAGUCACCCACCGGACUGAUGAAAAUAUCCAGAAGGUCAAGGACUUGGUUUGUUCAAACAGGCAGUUAACGGUGAGAAUGAUGGCUGAAGAGUUAAAUUUAGAUAAAGAAACUGUUAGACUCAUUCUGAAAGAAAACCUGAAUAUGAGGAAAGUUCCUGCAAAAGUUAUAUCGGGUAUUUUGACAGAUGAGCCUAAACCUCGAAAACUCGACUUUCGGUCUGAUCUUUCCAAGGAAACUAGGAAAAAUAGCUCAUGUACCAGGAGAAAGGUAACAAGUUCUGAAACAUGGAGUCAUCUCCAGUGCGAGGCUGGCGGGGAAAUACCUCUGGCAGUACCUCAUCCCAAAAUCCACUACCCUGCCGGCCAGCUUCUCCAGGCUUCAUCUUCAGCAAGCCUCCCCACCAGGGCAGCUCAGGAUUGGUUCACACCGUGGUGAGAGGAACGUGAGGUAGCUAAACGUGAACUAGAAAGCGGCCUCACGAUUAGGCACCUUCAUAUGCUGUUCAUCUUUUUUCAGUCUUCUCUGCCACUCCUCCCUACGUGUCUUGGCCCUCCUAGUUACUCUCUGCAGGACUGUUGGGCCAUCUUCCUUGCUGUUCUCCACAACUUGGAAGAACUUUUGGCUGUUGACUUCUGGUACUUGCUUGUUCUUGAUUUCUUUUGCUUAACAAGUUUGGAUCUCUUCACUGCCCAGACCUUA